UGUGCACCAUGCAGGUCUUAUAUUUAUCUUUGUUUUGUUAUUUGUUGUGGAAGUUUUUCAUAAAGAAAGUACAUAGAAGAUGGCACCUGUACUGUCUGUUUUUCUAAGAAGGCCUUGCAGUGCAGCGGUUCAAAAAUUUUUUCAUGCCAAAAAUGCAGUCACAAAAACAUUGAUCAAUGGAAUUGUCCGGCAUCAACAUAGCCAAAAUGCAACUAACGUUUCACAAUUACCAGAUCAUGUACAGCAAUAUAUUGAUGAAAAAGCAAAUUUAUGCCAACCAGAUAGUAUCCAUAUUUGUGACGGUUCGAAAGAAGAAAGUGAUAUGUUUAUGGAAUCUUUAGAAAAAGAUGGAAUGGUCAAACGAUUAACAAAAUAUGAAAAUUGUUGGCUGGCAAGAACGGAUCCCAAAGAUGUUGCUAGAGUAGAAAGCAAGACUGUCAUUUGUUCAAAAAAUCGCAAUGACACUCUCACAACACCAAAAGAAGGGGUCGCAGGUCAACUUGGAUAUUGGAUGUCACCAUCAGAAUUAGAAAAAGCCGCUGCUGAAAGAUUUCCCGGAUGUAUGAAAGGUCGAACCAUGUAUGUCAUUCCAUUCAGUAUGGGUCCCCUCGGUGGAUCAAUCUCCAAAUAUGGUAUCCAGUUGACGGAUUCGCAAUAUGUUUGUGCAAGUAUGAGAAUUAUGACCAGAGUUACUCCACAAGUUUUAGAUUACAUAAAUAGCGGAGAAGAUUUUGUUAAAUGCCUUCAUAGCGUUGGUGCACCUCUACCUCUGAAACGCGAACUCGUCAACAACUGGCCAUGUAAUCCAGAUCAAGUUUUAGUUUCACAUAUUCCAGCACAAAACGAAAUUAUGUCGUAUGGUUCAGGAUAUGGUGGAAAUUCGUUGCUUGGAAAGAAAUGUUUUGCACUUAGAAUUGGAUCGACCAUUGCUAAACGAGAGGGAUGGUUAGCAGAACACAUGCUGAUUCUUGGAAUAACGAAUCCAGAAGGUGUCAAGAAAUAUGUUGUUGCUGCUUUUCCAAGUGCUUGUGGUAAAACUAAUCUUGCCAUGAUGCAGCCUUCUCUACCAGGAUGGAAGGUUGAAUGUGUGGGUGACGAUAUCGCAUGGAUGAAAUUUGAUGAAGAUGGGAGAUUACGUGCCAUCAAUCCAGAAAACGGAUUUUUUGGUGUUGCGCCGGGAACUUCGAAUAAAACAAACCCCAACGCUAUGAAGACAUGUAUGACAAAUACAGUUUUUACCAAUGUUGCUGAAACAUCUGAUGGAGGAGUUUACUGGGAAGGCAUGGAUGAAAAAUUAGAUGAUGGUGUCCAAAUUAAAUCUUGGUUAAACGAGAUAUGGGAACCAGGAAAUCCCAAACCUGCUGCUCACCCCAACUCAAGGUUCUGUGCCCCAGCAGCACAAUGCCCUGCCAUGGAUCCAAACUGGGAAAGUCCAGAAGGUGUCCCAAUUGAUGCCAUCAUUUUUGGAGGAAGGAGGCCAAAAGGUGUUCCUCUUGUGUAUGAAUCCUUUGAUUGGGAACAUGGAGUAUUUAUUGGAGCUGCAAUGAGAUCAGAAAGUACAUCUGCUGCUGAGUUUAAAGGGAAAGUAAUAAUGCACGAUCCUUUUGCCAUGCGACCAUUCUUUGGCUACAACUUUGGACACUACCUCGAUCAUUGGUUGAGCAUGGAUAAGACCCCAGGAAGGGAUAUACCAAAAAUUUUCCAUGUCAAUUGGUUCCGUAAGGGUAACGAUGGAAAAUUCAUGUGGCCUGGUUUCGGAGAAAACAUCAGAGUUCUGGAAUGGAUUUUCGGUCGUGUCAGCGGCACGGAAGAAGCUCGUAAAUCACCAAUCGGAUAUCUUCCUACCGAAAACGGAAUUGACCUCACUGACCUUGAUGAACCUGUUGAUAUGAAAGGCCUGUUCGACCUUCCUAAAGAUUUCUGGCAACAAGAAGUAGCGGAAAUCAAAAAGUACUUUGACGAGCAAGUGAAUAAAGACUUGCCACCAAAAAUCUCAAAUCAGCUUGAAGCUCUGAAAAAACGCAUUGAUUCCAUGUAAUUUUACAGAUUAUAUCUUUGCACUUCAGCUUUUUGUAAAAUAAUCCUAGGUUGCUUGACCAAAUAUGUUUUCAUUUCAGCAAUAUCAACAAUUCAUGUCAUGUUUAAAUCGAGAUAAACCAUGUGUAAAACCUAGCCAUAAUAAAGGACGCUCGCAGUGUGAACAAAAUAAUAUAUCCCCAAGCAGCUUUACUUGUUAUUCCCUAACCAUACCCCACCCUGUCCUUGUUCAAAAUCUUUAAUUCAUCGCGAUCAAAUAUGUACUACUAUGUCAUAUAUAUAUAUUUCUAUAUAUAUUUUUCAUUAUGUGAUUUCGCUUUUGUCAUUUUUGUACAGUAUUUAAUGAGGUAGACUAGUGAAUUAUAUCAUGUUAAUUUUUUUCUAAUUUUGGUGUGUUUUGUUCUGUGCAUUGGCAGACACUUAUUUUGAAUGCAGGAGCUAAUGCCUCUAAUUUCCAACAUUUUAGGUGUCCAGUAAUGUAGGUAUUUGAAAGAAAAGAAUUAUUUCUUGCAGAACUUGCAGUAGUGUUGUCCCAAUGCAUUCUCACUCAAUCUGCACUUUUGUUCUAUAUCUUUGAACUAACCAAACUAAUUAUGUUCGUUCAAGAACAUGAACUUAAUUACUAUAAUUGUAAUGCAAGUUGUAUCAUAAAUGUCUGUUUUUUUUUCGUUUUUCAAGCAUAAUUUAUCAUUGUGUUUCGUUACCGUGGUUGUUAAAUGGCUCGAUCAUACAUGUCCAUACUCUAAAAUGUGAAGAAAAUUGUUUUGCGAAUUUUAUGUUGAUUCGUGCAAAACCUUUUGAUUUCUUGAAUGUUUAUGAUGCGAUGCAUCAUACUGCCAUUUGUACGCACUGUUGAAGAGAUUUUUCUACCUCCAAGGAACGUGUGCCUUGUGUAGGUUACUAUAUAAAUAAAGUUGGAUACAAUUUA